CAGAAUAUAUAUAUGUAUGCACAUAUAUAUAACUAUAUAUACAUUUAUAUGCGUAUCACUGUGAACCAAGAGAAGCAAGAGGAAAUUUUUAUCAUCGGGGCUGGUCUCUGAUUGUGUGGUCGUAUACAGUAUUUUGAAUAUUUUCUUUGAUCUUCUACGUCAAGAGGACAAAGACUACGUGCCCAUUUUGUAUUUUUGUUUCCCUGUUGCUGCUUCACAUCCAUCUUGAUUUUUCCUUUUUCAACAUCAGAGAGGAAUAAAGUGAAGACGCAGAGGAUUUGCCAAAAUAGAGAAUCUGAAGACAUUGCUGUGAUUAGUGUUAUUUCUGCGGGCAUUAGUGCUGUGUGAGCUGAUCACAAGGCGGCUUCAAAUCUGAGGAGCAGCAGCGACAGAGUGCCACGCCGCUCAGCGUCAACGCAGCCAGCAUAGCCAGCAUGCACAAACACCACCACUGCUGCAAGUGCCCAGAAUGCUAUGAAGUAACCCGAAUGGCUGCCCUGCGGAGGAUGGAUGCCCCGGCCUAUGGUGGAGACUGGCAGGCCGAACCCUAUGGAUACCCACCUGGCUACGGCGGAGGCCAGACCUUACCACCUCCGGCCUCAGGGGGAGGUGGGGGCAUGGGAGGAGGAGGGGGCACUUUGGGUAGAAGUAAAGGCAAGAUCAUGUCUGGCGGGGGCCCAGGAGGCCCCAAUCCAAAGGGCCAGUCCAAAGGUGCCCCUAAAGUAAAUGGCAACAACUCUAGUGGGCAAGGAGGAUGGUGGCCCGAGUGCACUUGCACCAACCGGGAGUGGUACGACCAGGCUAACCCUCCCCCCAUCAUCGUCAACGCAGACUCACUAGAUGCAGGCCCUUAUGUCAAUGGGAGUGAUGGGAUGUAUAAAUAUGAAGAAAUUAUUCUUGAAAGGGGAAAUUCUGGUUUGGGAUUUAGCAUUGCGGGAGGAAUAGAUAAUCCUCACAUUCCAGAUGACCCGGGAAUUUUUAUUACAAAGAUCAUACCCGGGGGAGCUGCUGCUAUGGAUGGGAGACUGGGAGUGAAUGACUGUGUGCUGCGUGUGAACGAGGUGGAUGUCUCUGAGGUGGUGCAUAGUCGGGCUGUGGAGGCGCUGAAAGAGGCGGGGCCUGUAGUCAGACUGCUUGUGCGUAGAAGACAAGCUCCACCUGAGACUAUCCUGGAAGUCAACCUGCUCAAAGGGCCCAAAGGAUUAGGAUUUAGCAUCGCUGGAGGAAUCGGGAACCAACACAUUCCUGGCGAUAACAGCAUCUAUAUUACAAAAAUCAUUGAAGGAGGAGCUGCCCAGAAAGAUGGACGCUUGCAAACUGGAGACCGUCUGUUGGCUGUGAACAACAUUGUACUGCAAGACGUGCGUCAUGAGGAGGCAGUGGCAGCGCUCAAAAACACCUCAGAUAUGGUUUAUCUCAAAGUGGCCAAACCGGGACCUGUGCAUCUUAAUGACAUGUAUGCGCCUCCAGACUACUCAAGCAGUCUGGCCCUCCCUCCAGCCUUCCCCACUAUGGUAGACAACCACGUCAGUCACAACUACAUGGGUGCUAUGGAGCCCAAGCCAGUCUACCCACCAUCCCAGGUCACCCCAUCCAGGUACUCGCCGGUUCCUCGACACAUGAUGGGAGAGGAAGACUUCACAAGGGAGCCCAGGAAGGUGCUGCUCCACAAAGGCUCCACAGGCCUAGGCUUUAACAUCGUUGGUGGGGAGGACGGCGAGGGUAUCUUCGUCUCCUUUAUCCUGGCAGGAGGACCUGCUGACCUGAGUGGAGAGCUGAGGAGGGGCGACAGAAUUCUUUCUGUGAACGGCGUCAACCUAAGGAAUGCCACCCAUGAACAGGCAGCUGCUGCACUAAAGAGGGCUGGACAGACGGUCACCAUAAUUGCUCAGUACAGACCAGAAGAGUAUAGUCGCUUCGAGUCCAAAAUCCACGACCUGAGGGAGCAGAUGAUGAACAGCAGCAUGAGCUCAGGGUCAGGGUCCCUGCGCACCAGCGAGAAACGCUCCCUCUACGUCAGGGCUCUGUUUGACUAUGACCGGACGCGGGACAGCUGCUUGCCGAGCCAGGGCCUGAGCUUCUCAUACGGUGAUAUUCUUCACGUCAUAAAUGCCUCUGAUGAUGAGUGGUGGCAAGCGAGGCUGGUCACGCCACAUGGAGAGAGUGAGCAGAUUGGAGUCAUUCCUAGUAAAAAAAGAGUGGAGAAGAAAGAGCGAGCUAGGUUAAAAACGGUUAAGUUCCACGCCAGGACGGGCAUGAUCGAAUCAAACAGGCCUGUCAAAGUAAAGCGCAAAAAAAGCUUCAACCUCUCACGCAAGUUCCCAUUUUACAAGAGCAAGGAGAAUAUUGUGCAGGAGAUGGUGGAGUCUGAACAAUGCCUGACCUCAAACACAAGUGACAGUGAAAGCAGUUCGAAGGGCCAGGAGGACACGAUUCUUUCUUAUGAACCAGUAAUUCGGCAGGAAAUUCACUACACGAGACCUGUGAUCAUUUUGGGCCCUAUGAAGGACAGAGUAAACGACGAUCUUAUCUCGGAGUUUCCUCAUAAGUUCGGCUCUUGUGUACCUCACACAACUCGUCCAAGAAGGGAGAAUGAGAUGGAUGGGCAGGACUAUCACUUUGUGGCCUCAAGGGAGCAGAUGGAGAAGGAUAUUCAGGACAAUAAGUUUAUUGAGGCAGGACAAUUCAAUGAGAAUCUUUAUGGAACAAGCAUCUUGUCUGUCAGAACUGUGGCUGAAAGGGGGAAACACUGCAUUUUGGAUGUGUCCGGAAACGCUAUUAAACGACUGCAGCAAGCACAACUCUAUCCGAUUGCCAUCUUUAUUAAACCAAAAUCCAUUGAAGCUCUAAUGGAAAUGAAUAAAAGGCAGACGUAUGAACAGGCCAAUAAAGUCUUCGACAAGGCAGUGAAGCUAGAGCAAGACUUUGGAGAGUAUUUCACAGCUAUUGUACAGGGUGAUUCACUAGAGGAGAUCUACAACAAAAUCAAGCUAAUCAUUGAGGAGCAGUCUGGCCCCUACAUCUGGAUUCCUUCCUCAGAAAAGCUCUGAGCUCCUUGUGGUCCCCUCUGCAUCACCGCAGAGCCCCCUUCUUUCCAGAGACCCCAUCCGAGCCCCCUCUCGCCUCCUUUUUGCAGAUGUUUCAUAACAAGUUUUAGUGUCAUCAUUAUGUUAAUCUCUAAAUGAAAAGAAGUCUUAUCACCAUUACUGUGACUGUGCACACCCCUGCAUGAGUUUCUCAACAAAUCCAUUCAAGACUGGAAACUCCAUUCCAAAGGAAUUUGUCAAUGAAAACAAAGGGAAAAGGAAUAAUCCUUUUGUGAACUGGGACUGAGUGAAGACCAGAACGCUUUACUUUGUGUGACAUGAGGAAUUCAAAAAAGCUGCAGGGUAAAGAAGCAAAUUAUAUUUAGACGGGACUUUGUAAAUGUCCAUGAAAUUACACAAGACCAGAAGUGAAACCCCAUAAAGGUGUUUUCUAAAGACUGGAUCAAUUCAACCCCUGCUGAUGGUACUGUGUCAGACGUCAUCUUAUUGUUUCUAAUGAGGUGAACAUUUGCAGAGAAACUGAUGAUCUACAAAUCAGCUUGCUGUUUGGUCGUCUGCCGGUUGUCUGUUGAAAGGUGAAAAGGACAUCUCGGAAGGUGAAUCAAAAGGAAGAAACGUGUUGUUAAUCUACAUUUAUAUUAUAAAAUUACAAGAUUUAAUGCUAAAAUCCUAAAAUUUUACUAAAUAUUAAAAACUACACAUUUACACUUCACUAGAGUUGUCAAUUUGGAGGGCUGUUAGAUUUAAUAUGGUUUUUUUUUUUGUUUUUUUUCUAUGUGGGGUAUUUUUGCUUGUGGUUUUUAGCUGCUCUGUGUAAAGGUGGGGGUAGAGAAGUGUAACCGGGCUCUCUGCAAAACACCAAACUGCCUUACAUCAAAUACAAAUUCUGUUUUGUGACUACCUGUUGUCUGUAAAGGGGGCUGUUCAUGAUUCACAAGGAUCUGAGAGGGAGAACUCAGCUGUCCUUGACUUUUAUGUUUUUAAACUGCCAAUAGGGGCCUGACUUGAGUGCAAUAGAAUGUGUCCUGUUUGUGGACACAUUUUCUUUCCUGUACUAGAAUUGGCUUUUUGAUUACAAUUUCAACAGACUGAGCCUCCUCACUUAUGUUAUGCAGCAGAUCACCCUUUUACACUCUCUGCCUUCCAAUAGAUUAUCUGAAUGGUCACAUGGUACUGUCCAAUCUGCCACAACUUGAUGGCCUUAAAACGGGUAGAACAAGACAAUAAUUGUAUUGGAUGUUCUAACAAAUUAAAGUGUCAAUAUAACCAGU